AUGGCUCAGAAAUCCGAUCCCAUCCUUAUCAUCGGAGCUGGCGUGUUCGGCCUCUCAACCGCCCUCGAACUGACCAAGAGAGGAUACACCAACAUCACAGUCCUCGACCGCCACGUCCCUCCAGUCGUCGAUGGAAGCAGCGUAGACAUCUCGCGCAUUAUCCGCGCUGACUAUGCCGACCCAAUCUACGCCCAGAUGGCCCUCGAAGCCUACAAGGGCUGGACGAGCACCUAUUCCGACUUCUACCACCAGUCGGGCUUCAUCCUGCUCUCUGAAACUGCAAACAACAAAUACCUCCAGAGUUCGAAGCAGAACAUCAUCGACAAAGGAGGCCAUGUCGAUGACUUCUCCGAUAUCAGCCAGAUGCGCAGCCUCUAUCCAAGCAUCGAGGCCCGCCUCCCCGCCGCCGAGGGCUACCACAACCCUGUAGGCGGAUGGGCAGACGCGGCAGGCAGCAUCGGUCAUCUCGCGUCUGAAUGCAGCGUCGCAGGUGUAUCCUUUAUAACAGGCCGUCGGGGCACAGUCCACUCCCUCCGCAGAUCCUCGAACCGCGUUGUCGGCGUUAAUCUCGCAGACGGAUCCCACCUCCUCGCAGCCCAGGUCAUUCUCGCCACAGGCGCCUGGUCAAACCGCCUCCUCGAUCUCCGCCAUACAGCAUCCUCCUCUGGCCAGCCUGUUGGCUUCAUCCAGCUCACGUCUGAAGAGGCGGACAAGUUCGCUAAAGUGCCUGUCAUGAUCAACAUGACAACCGGUGUAUUCUCCUUCCCGCCUACACCGGGAACCAAUAUCCUUAAACUCGCCCGGCAUGGCUACGGAUUCGCUACGGAGGUGCGUUCUGAAGCAACAGGGACUGUGAUCUCUGGACCUAGACGUGAUGGCAGCAAUGCAGCGUCUGGGUAUCUCCCUGAUGAUGCGGAUGCUGCGCUCCGUGACGGUCUGCGUGCGUUCUUCCCUAGUCUUGGUGAGAGGACGUGGAUGAAUCGGAGACUGUGUUGGUAUACGGAUACGCCGACUGGGGAUUUUAUUAUUGACCGUCAUCCGGAAUUAGAGGGGUUGUUUGUUGCUACCGGUGGUGCUGGGCAUGCCUUUAAAUUCCUCCCCGUGCUUGGAAAGUAUGUUGCGGAUUGCUUUGAGAACCGUGCAUCGAGUGAACUUCGCCAGAAAUGGAGGUUGAGGAUGCCGAAUGGGUCGGGGGCUGUUAUGGCUGGAGAUGGGAGUCGUGGGGGGCCGCCUCUGAGGAAAUUGUCUGUUCAGGAGCAGUCGAAGUUGUAA